AUGGUCAAUGGGUCAUCGAGUGCUAGUCCAGUUAGAAGAAAACGGGGAGAUUCAUAUCACACACAACACAAGACAACGUAUCCGUUUAGCGAUUGGGAGAUAAAGAGGCUAGCUAAAGCAGAAGGUUUGAAGCUGGUUAAGGCGGAGUCCAAGUUCGAGCUGAGUCAUUAUCCUGGUUAUACCAACAAGAGAGAGCAUAGUUCUGGUGUACCAUUUGUUCUCAUCCCUGAAGAUAAUAUUCAAGCUGCGAAGAAGGAAUUCAAAGACUUUAUCUACGCUAAAUUUCACAGUGAUGUCCCUCAGAUGGGUAGAAUCAUUGGUGUUUUGAAUGCUAUUUGGGCGAAGUCAGGACCUCAUAUUUAUGUUCACAGCUUGGGUAAGGGGGCAUUCUUGCUGAAGGUCAUAAAUGCCAGAACUCGAGAAGCGUUGCUUGCUCGUUCUUGCUGGAAUAUUGCGGGUGUUCCAAUGUUUGUCUCUCCUUGGUCUCCUGACUUCACUCCAGAAGAGACUCCUCUCACUAGUGUUGUGGUUCAGGUUGAGAUGCUCAAUGUCCCUUAUCUUUUGUUCAAUGACGAGAGUCUAAGCAGACUUGCAACUGCUGUGGGAAGGCCAAUUGCUCUCGCACCAGAAACUCGAAGGAAACAGAAUUUUCAGGUGGCUAAGGUGUUCGUUAAGGUUGAUCUUACUAAAAGGCUCCCAGAUACCAUUGUCUCUGGUUUCUCUAAUGGGCAUGAGCUGAUUAUUGAUGUGACAUAUCCAUGGCUCCCGAUUAAGUGCCUAAAUUGUGGGAAGUAUGACCAUAAGAAUGAAGAUUGUAAGGUGGGUGUUCCUACUGGGUCUCCAAAGCUGCCUGCUGCUUCGAAAUCGGAUAUUGGAACACAUCCAGAGCGAUCUGAAUCAGGAGAGGAUCGUCAAAACUCUGUACCUCAGGUUGAUGAGGCCUCUCCGUCUGUCUCUCCUACUGCUGUGCUAGCAGAGCCUGUCUCUUCCUCUGGAGAUAGUGGGGCUGAUAAUGUUAGCUCUGAAAGUCUUACCCCAAACCUUGUCGACGAUAUAGAACAUGGUGAGAUUGUUGAGGAGGUUCCUCCAUCACCUGAGUUUGUUGCUGCUAUAAUUGUUCACGAAUCUACUGGGACAGUAGGAAGUCCGGGAGUGCUGAUGGCAGGUUCAGAUGUUCCACUGAAUUCGUCCGAAGAAGAAGUUGUAAGCGUUGAUACUCCUGUGGAUUCUGGCUCUCCUGUUCAAGAUUUUCAAAUUGACAAUGCUGGUACGUUACAUGGUUCAGAAGGGUCUGUUCAGCCAGUUGCUUGCUCGGCUGAUGAGGGGAACAAUGUUGAGCCAGUUUCCACUCAAGUUACAGAACCGUCCAUUCCACCUGCUGGCACCAGCUUAGAUCCUGACAUGAAGCAACCUACUGCAGAUGAUGAGGCAGAGCAGGUUGAAAAUCCCUACCUCCUAGUCCCGACUUCUUUAUGGACUGGAUUAGAGGAUCUACAAGCUACAACCCUGGUCUCUCGCUGCCAUUGGGUUGUUCUUGGUGACUUCAACCAAAUUUUGAGAACUGAGCAUCAUUCAAACCAUCUAUCGGCAAGGGUGGAUACUGCUGGUAUUGAGGAUAUUAAUCUCUCUCUUCAGAAGACAGAGCUUUUCGAAGCACAAGCGAAGGGACUUACUUAUACAUGGAAAAAUAACCAGGAUGAGAACCCCAUCUCCACUAAGAUUGACCAUGCUUUCAUUAACCACCAAUGGACUUCAACGUUUCCUGAUUCUUUUGCGGAAUUCUUGGAACCGAGUCAAUCUGAUCAUACCCCUUGUCUAUUUCGGCUCCCUUCUCACACUCGACGAGUGCGUAAGCCGUUUAAAUUCUUCCACCAUGUUAUUGACCAGCCUCAAUACUUUGAGUUGGUUAAUGAAGGAUGA